CCACACUUCCGCUACUUAACAGCGUUUUCCAGCGACGUCGACCACAGCCAACAUGAUUGGCUCUUCACGUUCCACGACUUAUGACAGACAGCGCGACGACAUCUCACGUCUCCUCGACCCCUCCUACACAACUUCCUACUACCGCUCAAACAACAGACAGCGAGCUUAUGUAGACGCCCACGGCGACUUGCACGACCCCGACUACCGCCAGUUCCCCCUCAUCGCACGCACAAACCGAUACCACCCACCGGGAACAACCCGCUCACACUGGGAACUCGUCGACGAGGACUCGGCUUUGUGUCUCGACGAUGACGACGACGACGAGUACAGCACAUACUACAACAACAAGCGCAACUCGUUCUCGUCAGCGCGGUAUUCGACAAAGGCACGCCAGCAGCCGUACCACUACGCUGCGACGCGCCGCUCCAACUCUCCCACACUGGGAGUGUACACCUCGUCCGGAGCCGUGCUCUCGUCACCCACAGGAGGGGUCUCGCCCGUCUCCACAUUCGCUUCCUCAUCCGCCUCAUCAUCAUCCAUCCUCAGCCCAUCCGGCAGCCCCUUUGACUCUGACGAGUCCCCCAAGGAGAAGCCGCGGUGCCGCAUCUCGGCGUUGAAGAGGAAGCGCAGACGGUCGUCGGUGGCCACGCUCGACAGGGAGCACGAUGAAGACCGAGCCAAGCUCGCACGACACGACGCAGUAGAAGGACAGUGGAGACGGAGUUGGGAGGAGCAGCGGAAUAGAUUUGUGGAGGAGGUGGAUGAGGAGCAUGAGGAGGAGGAGGAAGAGGAAGAAGAGGAAGAGCAUAGGCAGCGGCGGCAGCGAGAGGAGGAGAAGGAUCACGCACCCACAUGCGCAGAGUCGCUCAAGCGGCAGUGGCAGGCUUGGUCGUUGAGGAUCCGCUUUGGCAUGUUCAGAGCCGAGAGGAGGAUCAAGAGGAGGGUACAGUCUCUCAUCUAGACUUGUCUUCUUCCCAUUCAACCAACGACACGACGGCUCAUUCGCAUUUCAUCAUCAUCAUCAUCAUCUAUCGGCAUUCGCAUAUCAGCAUCUUCACUUAUUCUUCUCGCUCGGACAACAAUCGCAACGCAUCUAUGGUCUUCAUGCAAUCUCAAACGCAGCUCGAACAUUCCAACUCCUGUAUUUUUACCAACCAUUCGGCAUCUCACCCAUCAUCUCCCUUUUUUAUUCUCGCUUUGCUUCAUAUCAUCGGAUCCAUGAUACCCCUUCUUCGUCUUUUGGGCUGGACAGUCACUUUAUUCUUUCAUCAUCACACCUUCCACAUGCUUCGUUUCAAAACAGCUGUAUCCUUUAUGCAAAGCGCUUUUUCCACCCAUGUAGUUUUAUCUUUUCUCCUCUUCUUCGGCUUCAACUCCAUCGAUUCGCGGAAAUCCCAAUCUCCUUUUCCCCCGUUUUUUCUUUCAUCAUCACGUUUUAAAAAUCCCUUUUCCCCCUCUUCCUAUCCGGACACCACAACACCUACAACAACAACAUCUACAUGCCUCUUACACGUCUUCUUCAUUGAUUUAUCAACGGUAUUUACGAACAUGAAACUAAAGGGGCGAGGGCGGUGUAGGACUCGGAGGCGCUUGAUGUGCUCUCCAGAGGUUACCCCCCUCUCUUCCCCCUCAAACAUUGUAACGAUACGAUGACGCUUCUUUUUCUAUCUUACCUAGAGUGCUACAUCCUUUAGGUACUGCUACGUAGAAGACGCCUCUCAAAAAUUAACGCUGAUGAUUUACGAACUCAAAA